CCUGCAUCUAAGGAUGUUAUUUCUACCUGCUUAGUUUUUUGUGCUGCUGUUUGCUUUGCUGGGAAUCUUCUACAAACACUUUUCACCAGAACAUCAUCAAAAAAAGUUUGAGAUCCAGUGAAAAUAUAAGAUAUUGACCUCAUUGUUUGCAAAGGGGUUGGAGCAUGAAAACAUGGAUGCUGUAGAAAGCGUAGAUAAUGCCAUGGUCCUCUCUGUCCCUCCGCUGUGUAAGGAUGACAAGUACCAUGUCUUCAUCAGCUACAGCAGCGGAGACUCCAUCUGGGUUGAUGAUCUCAUUCAUAAACUAGAGGACAUGUACCCACGUUUAAAGAUCUGCUAUCAUGAGAGGGACUUUCUUCCAGGAAAAACCAUCAUAGACAAUAUGGUUGAUUGCAUCCAGAGCAGUCAAAAGACUGUGGUAGUGCUGAGUCCUGAUUUUGUUCGUAGUCGUUGGUGUCUAUUUGAGGCCAAUCUUUCUAUCUUCAGGGACUGCAUGGUACAAAAAGCAAUUAUCCCAAUACUGUUGAAGCCAUGUACGGUUCCUAUUCAUCUUAGUCCCCUGACCUACUUGGAGGCUGAAGAUGAAAAGUUCUUUGAGAGGUUGUCCCAAGUCUUGUUAACUUCCAAUGAACAGAUGUCACACUCUACAUUAGUCCAUAUUCAACCUAGUGUCUUGUAUAAUGGAAAGACCAUUCUCACAAUGCCUGCAAUCAACGAUGGAAGUGAACAGUGGGAGCAUGGCAUGUACUCCAGUGCUUCAAUACCUGAUCAACUAAGAGCAUUUGUGCAUGAUGCUGAACUUUAUAAAAAAGCUAUUGAAAUAAUUAAUAAUAUUAAUCCUUCUAAUUCAUGUCUUCGUUUUACAACAUGCAAAGUACUGCUUUGCAUUCUCCUUUUUAUUCUAGCAAGUGGCAUUUUGGCUUUUGGUUUAGCAUCAUUCGUCACUUUUUACGAGCAUUUUAAUCCUGAUCAUCAUAUUCCAGAUAUAGGUUCUAUAAUAGUCAUAUGUUUCCCAUUUGUUAUGAUCAGUGUUAUCUUUAUCCCUGCUGCAUGUACCAUGGUCAUAUGUUGGAGAUCAAAAAAGGCCAAGAAUAUGUCACGAGAAAUGGCUUUGAAAACUGGUCAGGCAAACCUUAUUCUGACAAAGGCUUCUAUCCUUGCUGGUUGUCCUUCUAGAUCUCAGCUAUUCUUUGUGUAUGUCUCGCUACAUGAAUGCAUGCAAGUAUUUGAUAUCACCUUUGGUGGUGAAAGAGCAGUAUCCACAGCAAUAUGGGAAAAGGCUGUUGUCAACUACUCAUCUGAUUAUGCAUGUUGCUUGGCCAAAAAACAUUUUCCCUUCAACAGUAGAGAUCCUCCUGGACAUUUAGACGAUUGGUUAUGCUUCUGUCAGUAUGUAGCAGAACGACAAAAAUAA